AUGACUAACCUGUCGAUAUUUGGUCUAUCACACGCGGUGUACACAAAGGGUGUCUCAGAGGGAGCCUCAGUCAAUUUGGUCUAUGAUGAAAACUUGAGAGGAACAGCGACAAUGAGUGCGAUUCCUUACAGGGGCCAGGGAGCUGUUAAUGCAAUAGACGGAGAUACAGGCAUCCACCAUCCAUGUACCAGUAUUGACGUAUCGGGGGAAUAUGAACAUGUUUGGUGGAAAGUGUGGAUGCAGAGGACUUUCAACGUUGCUGAACUCAAGAUUUAUUUUGAAGCUACAAGUUGUGAUGCAACGCGAUAUAAUGAACGUUGUUCUCAUGUAUGUGACAGAAGAUGUCUCAAUCAACACUGUGAUACCUAUACUGGUGAAUGCAUAUAUGGCUGUAGUGAAGCACAUCGUUCUGGACCGUAUUGUGCAGAAUGCGAUAACAGACAUUACUUGAGUGACUGUAGCGGUUUAUGUGGACACUGUAAAAAUGGGGGCCGAUGUCACAACAUCACAGGAAAUUGUAUUCAUGGAUGUCAAUCCAACUGGCAGGAACCUUUUUGCCGAGAAUGUGAUGACAAACACUUUAAAAGAGAUUGUAGCGGUUUAUGUGGACACUGUAAGAAUGGAGACCGAUGCCACAACAUCACAGGAAAUUGUACUCGUGGAUGUCAACCAAACUGGCAGAAACCUUUUUGUCAAGUAUGCAGCCCUUACAAGUAUGGACCUAACUGUGUAUUUGAUUGCGGACAUUGUAAAGAUGGGCGUCCUUGUUCAACAGGGAAUGGAAGUUGUCUUAAUAGUUGUGAAGAGGGUUGGAGAGGAGCAUUAUGUUUGAUGGCAUCGUCCGAAUCGGUUAGUCGGGGGCUCACUGACGUCGAUAAAAGUCCCGUCACCGGAUUGUACGUAGCUAUUGGAGUCUUAGCAACACUUCUUGCCAUAACCUUCACAGUUCUAGCAUAUCUAAUCCGACAACAGAGAUACCAACCCUCACCGCAACAUGACAAUAAACCACCACUGAUAUUUGUAAAUCAUAGGGAAAUGGUGAAAACGCAUGGUUACGAUAAACCGGGCGUCAGAGAUGCAGACAACUGCCUAGAACUAUUACCCGCUGUCACUGACUAUCCGCAAGAGAAAGAACACGUCACAGACUCCGACUACAUUCACGCAGCACUUCGAUUUAAUUUGGUUCUUAAUUCAAGUCUGAGAGGGAAUGCGACGAUGAAUGAGAUAGCUUUCUAUGGUCAGGGAGCUUUCAAUGCAAUUGAUGGAGACACAGGUGUCCACAAACCAUGCGCCGCUAUGGACGUAUCAGGGGGAUACGGAAGUAUCUGGUGGAAAGUGUGGCUGCAGAAGAUUGUCAACAUUGCUGAAUUAAAGAUCUACUUUCAGCCUGCUACGAUAUAUCGGUCCACAGGGUUUUCAAUAUACGUGUAUGACAAUGAGUCCUACAUCCCUCCUAGUGAUGUGUCAGGAAGACUGGUGUAUCAACACGAUCCAACUACUGGUUGCCCGCCAUCACGAAUGACCAUAGUUGUAAAUAGAACAGCACAAGGCAUAGCUUACUAUAACACUAGACAGAGGGCAAUAAACUCCCCAUGCAUUGACAAAAGUCCAGACAUAAAAGUGGUUGUCAUUUGCGAAGUUGUGAUGCUACACGGUAUGGUCGAAAUUGCACGCAUGUGUGUGAUGAAAGCUGCCAAAACCAGCAAUGUGAUGUAUACAAUGGUGAAUGUAAAUAUGGCUGUAGUAAUCCGAAUCGGUAUGGAGCCCAUUGUGCAGAAUGUCAUAGCAAACAUUACAAGAAUGACUGUAGCGGGUUAUGUGGACACUGUAAGGAUGGAGAGCGAUGUCACAACUUCACUGGGCAUUGUAAUAAUGGGUGUCAACCAAAUUGGCAGGGAUCUUUCUGUCGAGAGAUACCGUGUAAAACUCCUCUACCCAAUAUUGUUUAUAGAAUGUGAUAGCAAUCAUUACAAUAGUGACUGUAGCGGGUUAUGUGGACACUGUAAGGAUGGAGAACUAUGUCACAGCAUCACAGGACAUUGUAUUCAUGGAUGUCGACCCAACUGGCAAGGACCCUUAUGUCGAGAAUGUGAAGUCGGGUUUUAUGGUCCAGGUUGUUCCCAGUCGUGUGGACACUGUAAGACAGGAACGCUCUGUAAUAACGUGACAGGGACGUGUCCAACAGGAUGUAAGGAUCAGUGGAGCGGAUCUAAAUGUGACGUGUGCAGCUCUUACAAAUAUGGACCCAACUGUAAGCUUGAUUGCGGGCAUUGCAAAGAUGGACGUCCUUGUUCGGCAGAAAAUGGUAGUUGUACCAAUGGUUGUAAAGAGGGGUGGAAAGGCAUAUCUUGCUUGACAGCAUUGACCAGAUCGGAUAGAUUGGGAGUCAUUAAAACUGAUAACAUCCCCGCCACUGGAUUGUACGUAACAAUUGGAGUCUUAUCAACAGUUUUUGUCAUUUCUGUGAUUUUGAACGGGGUCCUAUUACGUAUAGUCCGAAAACAGGGAAAACACUCACCACCGCCUCAUGAUAGCCAGCCACAGUAUUCUGUAAAUCAUAUCCAAAUGGAGGAAACGCAUGCUUACGACAAACUAGGAGUCAGAAGUAUAGGAGACUAUCAGGAACUCUCACCCGUUGUCACGGACCAACCUCCGGAAGAGAGACAUCUGUCAGACUCAAACUAUAUUAAUUCAACAUUACGAUAAAAGAGAAAUUAGAGUUUCCAAAUACACUAUUUUGAUAUUUACUGUCAUCCAUUUUCGUCUGUUGUCGUCUGUCAUCAUUUUCAGGUUCUCUUAAACUACUAAGCAUUUCUUUACCAAAUCUAAUGGAUAGCAUGUGUAGGGGAAAUGGAAAUCAAAUUGUGAAACUUAUUAUCCCACUCCCAGGGGCCAUGUAUUUCGAGUAAAACCUAUAAACCUGUACACAUUGAUACAAUAUUUAAAACAUUCUUCUCUACUCCUAAACGUCUAGCUGAAAAAUUCAGUACAUGACUAAAAUGAACAAGGGUGUAUAUGCCGAAAUUGUCACAGAGUCAGGGAUUGUGAUGCUAGGGUUGGACUUUAUUCGUCAUAAGUUGCAGGGAUUGUUUAAGAAUCUUCUUUGAUAAUGGACAGAUCAACAUAUUUGGAGUGUAUUCCUUACAUGUUAUGCUUCAACAUGUCCAUCAUCAUUGGAAAAUAAUUUGUGUUAACUGCAGUGAUUGAAUUUGAAAAGUGUGUGUACUGUGAACAUUUUGUUUGAACGUUUUCUGGCUAAUCAACUGAUUGUGAAUUCUAUGAUCCACUAUUUCGGGAUUCCGGGGUCCUGAAAGUUUUUUUUGCGCAUAUGCAUGUCAAUUGUUACCGAUAUUUGUCAAGUGCUCAUCGAAUAUAUACGUUGUAUUAUCACAAGAUUCCGUCGAUAGUUCGAUGUUGAUUCAAACUGAACUCAUUCUCGUACGACGUAAUUAAAAUCCAACAUCCCGGAAGUUAUCCGUUUACUCGAGGAACUGACAAUUAGUGAUAUAUUGACUUGAAAUGAUUUGAUUUUAAGUACUGGUAAUUAAAAUUAUGCUAUUUAUUUGACUGUUUAAUUAUUGAUUUACAUGUUUAAUUGAGUUACUGUAAUUUUGAUGUUGUAUGCCAUUGUUUUGUCCAUGCCAUGUAAUUUAUUUACAUUGCCAAUAUUACGUUAACAAUUACAAAGUUUAUAUGAUAACUUGAUUAAUGUUUCAUCUGCU